AUGUCGUUUCUCACAUGUGUUCUGAAUGAAAGUAACUAUCCCCCUACUCCAUGCCUACCCCCUACUUACACACUCAUCAAUCCACCCCAGCCUCCAGACUCCACACCCAAAUCCACCACAACAUCCGCGUUGCCAUGCAAACCACGCUCCUCCCCCGUGGCACCUCUCCCAUCAUCCCCAACAGCACCAAAGUAG